GUUAUUGUCACGUGACAACGCCAUCGUCCUGCAUUUUUCUAGCCCUUCUCAGGAAAGAAAACGUUCAUUACAAUGAGCGAAAUUAUUAAACAAUAUCUUGGGGCAUCUGCAGACAUUUUCAGUGUCAUUGGUGCACUUGUAACAGGAUAUUUGGCGUUCAAAGUUGCUGUUGGCGUCUUUAGAUUUUUAAAUGCAUAUUUGUUAUCUGGUGCUCUUGGACUUUCUGCUAAUCUCAGAAAAGCUGGAUUAUGGGGAGUUGUCACUGGUUGCACUGAUGGUAUAGGAAAAGCUUAUGCUGAACAGCUUGCUGCCAGAGGUCUAAAUGUUGUAUUGCUGAGUCGGACACUUUCUAAAUUGACAGAAUUGGCCACAGAAUUGGAAGAGCAAUACAAAGUGAAGACAUUGGUUAUUGUCGCAGAUUUCACAAAACUAGACAUUUACGAUGAUAUCAAGUCUCAUCUAGUUUCUUUAGACAUUGCUGUCUUGGUCAACAAUGUGGGAACGUCUUAUGAUCAUCCUGAAUAUUUCGCUCAACUCAAUCAGCCCAAUUUUGUUCAAGAUUUGGUGACAAUGAACUGUAUUGCUGCUGCAAAGAUGACAGAACUUGUUCUUCCCAAAAUGGUUGACAAAAAAUGUGGAUAUAUAAUUAAUGUUGGAUCCAGUUCUGGAACAUUUCACGUCCCACUGCUCUCUCUCUACUCAGCUUCAAAGGCCUUUAUUGAUGUCUUCAGCCGAUGUCUUCAGCAAGAGUACAGUAGUCACGGGAUAACUAUUCAGUGUAUCUCACCAUUCUUUGUGGUCAGCAAGCUCAGCAAGAUGCGUAAAUCCAACCUCCUGGUUCCAUCACCUACAGCUUUAGUAAAGAGUGCCCUGAACACAGUUGGUGUACUAGCCAAUACCACCGGAUAUUGGUCACAUGAAAUCCAGGCCCUUGUCAUGAGUGUUGUGCCAAGUUACUUUGUCAAAAAUUCACUGCUGGCAGCACGAGCUAGAGCUUUGAGAAACAAAGUAAAUAGCGCCAAAAUGCAGUAACCUCAGAAUGCGUCCUUUAUUUAUAGUCUAUGCCGGGAAAAAUAGUUUUGUAUUAGUUUCUUGAAUGUUAAAAGCUAUUCAGUAUUGUAUGUUCUACUCCCAAUGACCAGACAGAUCUUUUUCAAGUUUUUUUUACAUUUUAUAUUAGACUUUGAUCCUUUGAAAUACUUUGUUUUUAAUAAAGUAUUAUGAUAGUU